GAGGCGCGAUGGCUCCGCAGCGGCGGGCGCUGCCCCGCGCUCCCGACGGCGCCGGGCCGGGCCGCGGGGGCCGCCGGCUCAGCAGCGCCAAGAAGGGCAGAGUCCAGCAGGAUCCCCGGGGAACGUGGCUGAAGGCAGCCAUCCUCCUCCUCCUCCUCCUCCUCCUCCUCUCUGCCGCCGGCCUCGUGGCGUGGAGCCGCCUCCGCAGCCGGGAUGGGAUCCCCGAGGGUGGAAUCCCCGCAGAAGGGGUCCCCGAGGGUGGAAUCCCCGCAGAAGGGGUCCCCGAGGGUGGGAUCCCCGCAGAUGAGGUCACCGAGGUGCUGGCACAUCGCAGCGACCACCUGCAGGACAAGUUCGUGGAGGUGCCCUGCUCGGAGGACUACGAGAGCCACAAGCGGUUCGCAGGUUGCACUCCUAGGAAGUGUGGAAGAGGUGUGACAGAUACUGUAAUCACAAGGGAAGAAGCUGAAAGGAUUCGUAGAAUAGCAGAGAGGGGACUGUCCUUGGGAGGAUCUGAUGGAGGGGCAUCAAUUUUGGACUUGCACUCCGGAGCUCUUUCCCUGGGGAAGCAUUUUGUUAAUCUGUACAGGUACUUUGGGGACAAAAUUCAAGACAUCUUCACAGAAGAGGAUUUUGCAUUAUACCGGGAUGUGAGGCAGAGGAUCCAGCAGAGGAUUGCUCAGGUCUUUGGGAUCAGCUCUUCUGCCAUGUACCUGACCAAGCCAACGUUCUUCUCCAGGAUGAACAGCACAGGAGCCAAGACAACACAUGAUGAGUACUGGCACCCACACGUGGACAAGGUGACUUAUGGCUCUUUUGACUACACUUCCCUGCUCUAUCUCUCUGACUACUCCAAAGACUUUGGGGGUGGACGGUUCGUGUUCAUGGAUGCAGAUUCCAACAAGACAGUGGAGCCCCGAGCAGGCCGGGUGUCGUUUUUCACGUCGGGCUCGGAGAACCUGCACCGGGUGGAGCGGGUGCAGUGGGGCACUCGCUUUGCCAUCACCAUCUCCUUCACCUGCGACCCGCAGCACGGCAUCGCCGACCCGCGGCGCUCCUGGGGCCGCAGGAGCCCUGCAGGAGGACAGGAGCCAGGGGCAAAGCAGCCCCUGUGACCUGAGUGAGCCCUGCAGGAGGACAGGAGCCAGGGGCAAAGCAGCCCCUGUGACCUGAGUGAGCCCUGCAGGAGGACAGGAGCCAGGGGCAAAGCAGCCCCUGUGACCUGAGUGAGCCCUGCAGGAGGACAGGAGCCAGGGGCAAAGCAGCCCCUGUGACCUGAGUGUUCUGUCCGCUCUGUUCUCGCUGCCCCUUUUCCAUAAACAUUGCCAGUGGUGGCUUAAGGACCAAUCUUGAGUUUGAUGCGUUCUGAAAAUGGUUUGUCUUCAUGUGCCAAAGAGACUGCAAAGAAGAAAGGAUGGACUCCACAAAGAAAUGAGAAUGGGCUCCACAAAGAAAUGAGAAUGGGCUCCACAAAGAAGAGAAGAGGGACUCCACAAAGAAAUGAGAAUGGGCUCCACAAAAAAAUGAGAAUGGACUCCACAAAGAAGAGAAGAUGGGCUCCACAAAGAAGAGAAGAGGGACUCCACAAAGAAAUGAGAAUGGGCUCCACAAAGAAAUGAGAAUGGGCUCCACAAAGAAAUGAGAAUGGGCUCCACAAAGAAAUGAGAAUGGGCUUCACAAACAAGCGAGGAUGGACUCCAUAAAGAGAGGAUGGGCUCCACAAACAAGAGGAAGUGGGCUCUUCAUUUUUCAAAUGUUUUCUAAAAGUUCUUCAGUUUGAAAGAUGCAAACAAUCUUUUGGGCCAGGCCUUGAUCUGACUCCCCAGGUUGCUGUUACCUGUUCCAUUAUUUAGUUUCUUCAGUUGCUAAUGUGGUGUAGAAAGUCUGACCUAAGUGAAUUGAGCCCAAGUUAAUUGAGACCUGAGUUAAUUGAAUGUUACUCUCUAGAACACAUCUUCUCUUGAGAGGGAUGGAUUCUCUAAAUGUGGGAUCAGUGGGGAAUACACCUGGGGCCUUCAACUUUUUUUUUUAAAUUUAAUUACUACUGAUUAAAUUUUCAGGAAGUCUCUCGAUAGCUAUUUUUUUACUUCUCUUUUCCAGUUUAGUAUGAAGACCUUUUCUGUUAAUGAGGACCCUGAAUAUUAAAUUGCAGGGACUUCCAAGAGGAGCUGUGUGCAAAUGCAUGCAUCAUCUUGCCAAAUACUUCUGAGUUUUUACUGCAGUCAAAUAUUUCUGUGGGUCAGGAGGUUGAUAAAUAAAUGGUAGAAAAAUCUAAUUUCUUUUCCUCUAUCAAAUUCUGAAAUAACCAUGUUGAUCUGGUUUAUUACCUGGAUGUAUAAUUUCUGUGAAAUACUGAAAAUCUGGGAAUCUGCUUUGAUUUUUUUUUUUUAAUUUUAUACAUACAGUUUGGCCCUUACAAUGUACCCUUUUAUGGCAACAAUAAGUACUGGGGGGAAUUAAAUAUAAAGAGGACUUGUGAGGGCUCUCAUUGGGCACACCAGCAAGAUUAGUCCUCUGUAAUUUCAUUUCUUUGAACUCUAGGUGGACUUCUUGGCAUUUCUCAUGGAUAAUUUUCAUUAUAUAAGAAUUGUAGAAUCAUUAUGGCUUUUACUUCCUUGUAAGUUAACUGAAGGUUUAGGAAGAUACAUUUAUGUGGAGAUUUUCCUGAAUAUGUAUCAUCCACCUGAAAUAUCCUGCACUCCAUCUCGAUUUCAAGUCCAGAAAUGUUUACAGUUUUAAUUUGGAUUUGCAGCAGAAAUUCAGCCUUCAUUUCUUAUAACAGCUGGGUGCUUUAGGAGGUUGUAGCAUCUAAUCAUGUGCACAUUAAAAUAAAUUAGCUGGAAAGGCAUUGAUGAUAACUGUGCUGCCAAGGAAAUCUGGUUUUGUUUCUUCAAUGCCAUUUCUCAGUAUUGAAUUUCUCCUUCACAGCUUUCCUUUCCCCAGUAAAGGAAGAUGUUAUUGUUUUUAAUGUAAGAGUUCCUGGUGUUCCUUCUCCAUCCACAUAUCCUUCCACAGUGUUUGCAGGGGAUUUGGUUUUCUAACCUGCCCUUGGAGAGUUCUGUGCAAUAUUUUUGUCUUGUCUAAGUUCUAGGGGUAAAACCAGGAAAUGCUGCUGGAGGUCAGAGCUAUUUGAGUGGGGAGGAAUAAAUACAACCAAUCUACCUUCUCCAAGCGAAAACAAAUGUAAAUUAAAAAUAAAUAAAAUAAUAAUAAACUUAAAUUUUAAAAAUUCUAAAAAGAAAAUAAAACCCCAA